AUGGAUUCAUUUGUUGAUUAUUUAGAACAGAAUUUGAUCAAAGAAGAAAAAAGCUGGUAUAAAGAUCAAGCAAGUGAGGUAUUAUUUGUAACUUUACAAAUCACAAAAUGUGAAAAAUUACUAAAAUUAUGUAAUAAUGCCAUAUUAAGAAAUCCUAAAAAUUUUUUUAGUUCUAAAGAAUUUUUAUUUAUACCUAGAGAUUAUUUAGCAAAAUUAUUAGAUAGAGACAUAUUAGGAUUGGAAGAAAUAGAUGUAUUUGUAGGUGUAAUUAUGUGGGGAAUGAAUAAUACACCUAAUAUAUCACAUUUUGAUGAUUUUAGAUUAUGGUCAACAGAAGAUCUUACAUCUUUAAAAUCAACAAUAAUACAAUUUUUGAAUAAAGUUAGAUUCUUUCAUAUGCAACCUGAAGAUUUUAUUAAUAAAGUUGGUCCUUUGAUUAAAAACUUUUCACCUGAAUUGUAUGAACAAGUAAUUCAAUAUCAUUCAAAGAAAUCAACACCUAGCUAUUAUAAUAUAUUGCCAUUAAGAUUAAAUUCUUUAAUAAUUAGAGAAAAAGAAGAAACAGCAUUAAUUUCUUAUUGGAUAAAACAUUCUUAUGAUAAAAAAGGAAGAGAAGAAGAUGAUAAUAAUAACAAUACUACUCAUAAUAAUAAUGAUGAUGAUAAAGAUGAGAACAUGAGUUUAAUUAAAACAUAUGAAAAAUAUUCAAUGAUACCAUUUAAUUUUCAUUUAAUAUUUAGAAGUAAUGGAAAUGAAUUAAAAGAAGAUGAUAAUAAUAAUAAAUGGAGGCAAUGUUGUUAUAACCAGGGACCAACAUUAACUGUAAUUAGAACAAAAGAUAUCAAUGAAGAUGAGGUAGUGUUUGGUGGAUUCAAGUCGGUUAGUUGGUCAGACAAUGAUAUAAUUGGUGGAGGAAAAGGUUUUAUAUUUGGUUAUUUGUGGAAAGAUGACAAGUUAUUGUUACCUUGGAUGAUGCCUGUGAAAAAUCAUUUUUACGGAGAUAAAAUUUUAGGUGAUGGACAAUUAUUAUUUAUUAAUUUUACAAAUGGUAAUAAGUUAAUAGCGCAUGCAAACGUUUGGAGUUUAGAAGAAACAAUUGAAGAAUUGGAAGUAUUCAUAGUUUUACAUAAAGAUACAUUAUAA